AGGAAGACAGCUACUGCUGCCAAGCCAGCCGCGAAGACCAGAAAAGCCCCAGCCAAGGCAGUGAACGGUACUGCUGCCACGAAAACCAAGAAGCAAGCAGAGAAGGCGGCCGGAGAAGGCGAGAAAGAAGCCCAGGCAGAGAGCUCUGCACCAGGCGCUCGCAGAAACAACAAGAGGAAGGAUCCUGAACCCGGGUCCGAGUCUACGUCCGAGUCCGAGCCUGAGUCCGAACAAGAAGAGAAGACCCAAAAGAAGCGCAAACAACGCGACGACGAUGAGCCAGCGCCCGUUGUAAAGAAAGUGAGGACAGCAGCCGUUCCCACGGUAGGCAAGCCCAUCAACAACGCUCCAGUAGGCACGCUGGACGUCUUCGUCUUUGGUGAAGGCACUUCUGGUGAACUCGGACUCGGCAGCAGGAAGUACGACGGCAAGAAGCCCAUUGAUGUCAAGCGACCGCGUAUCAACCACAACCUCGAUGCCAACAAGGUUGGCGUGGUCCAGCUUUCAUGCGGUGGCAUGCACGUCAUUGCUCUGACCCACGACAACAAGAUUCUGACCUGGGGCGUCAACGACGACCGCGCUCUGGGUCGUGACACAACCUGGGAUGGCGGCGUUCGCGACGUGGACAAUGAAGGUUCGGACUCGGAGGAUGAUGAUGAUGACACUGGCAUGAAUCCUCAUGAGAGCACUCCUGGUGAGGUUGAUUUCACCGACAUCGCCAUCGACGGAACCAAGUUCGUUCAAGUCGCCGCUACCGACUCUGCCUCUUUUGUUUUGACCGAGGAUGGCCGUGUCUAUGGCUGGGGCACCUUCCGUGGCAGUGAUGGUAUCAUUGGUUUCUCUGACGGAGUCCGUAUUCAGCAAGUCCCAAUCUUGAUUAUGGGCCUGAAGAAUAUUACACGUCUCGCGGCUGGUGCCAACCACGUUCUUGCUCUUGAUCUUGAUGGCAAGGUAUUCAGCUGGGGCAGUGGUGGACAGUACCAGCUUGGUCGCAAGGCCAUCACGCGAGGAAAGAACAGUGGCCUCAAGCCCGAACCUUGUGGAAGAUUCACUCGCAGGCAUCACGCUAUUGAUAUUGCUACCGGCUCAUAUCAUAGUUUCUACACCGACAACCACGGCCAAAUCUGGGCAUGGGGUCUCAACAACUAUUCACAGACUGGCCACAACGAUAACCGUGGCGAAGAUGAUGCUAUGGUUCUUGUGCCUAGGCCUGUCGAGUCACUGGCUGGAAAGAAAAUCGCGUCGAUUGAUGGUGGCGAGCACCACUCCGUCGCUGCGACAACUGACGGUGCCCUCCUCACAUGGGGUCGCGUCGACGGCCAUCAGGUCGGUCAGCCACAGGAGGUGCACACAGAAGCGAACACCGUCUACGAUGGCAAUGGAAGACCCCGCAUUCUUAUUGAGCCCACGCCAAUCCAAGACAUCAAUGCCACCUUCGUCGCUACCGGCACUGACACAAGUUUUGCACUGACAGGAAACGGUCAGGUAUACUCAUGGGGUUUCUCAGCCAACUACCAGACUGGUCAAGGCACUUCUGAUGAUGUUGAAGAACCUGCCCUUAUUGACAAUACUGCAAUUCACGGCCGCAAGAUUAUCUGGGCAGGUGCUGGUGGUCAAUACUCCAUUGUUGCUGCCUCUCCG